AUGAAGCGCCGCACCUCUCUCGCCCUCGACGCUUAUGCCUCCGGCUCGAACCCCAGUAACCGGCACGAGGCCUCGGGAACCGCCACCCCGCGUCCCAACAGUGACGCCUACGCUGCCGGUUCGUCGGGUACGACUGGGUCGUCGGGCGGCGGCGGGAGUCUCGGCGGACCCGUCGAGAUCGUACUUAACAAUCCUUGCGCGGGCGAGAAGUAUUACCAGUGUGUCCUUGCGCCCGUCGAUGAGGCGGAGGGAAGGGGGAGGGAUCUGGAGCGCCUCAGGGCUGCGUUCUGCAAUGCCUUUGAGGAGAGCCAGCCGUUCUAUUUCCCCCAUCUGAGCCUCAUUUAUGGAGACAUGGAUGAGGACACGAGGUGGAAGCUUGCUGAUGCGGCGGUUGCGGGCGGAAACUGGCCGAGCAAGACGGAUUUCGCAGAGGUCGUCGUCGUUGAUAUCAAUGGCUAUGCGGACCAGUGGAAGAUUGUCGAGCGCUACCAGCUGUAA